AUGACCGCCGUUUUUAGGGAUAUCGAGCUUGAGCGCAUUAGUUCCAAGAAGGAACGAAUAGGACCACCGGAAGCCAACUUAUUGAGCGAAGCCGACAGACACUCGUCAAAUCAUGCCGACCGGGAGAGCAGUGGCACCAGCACCGCUGUGCAAGCGGUAGAACGGCCCACAAAACAGUACCAAAUGCUACUGCUACUGUCUGGCUUCUUCAUGACAUUCCAUGUCAUUGGAAUCAACUCGGUCUACGGCAUUUUUCAGGAAUUUUAUACCUCUGCUGAGACGAAUGUCGUUGAUGCUCAUGGCCAAGAUGCUCUCGUCGCUCUCGUUGGAACGAUCGGUAGCGGCUUGACAUGGAGCGGGAGUAUCUUUGUUAACCCUCUCAUGGCUCGGAUCGACAAUGUCCGGAUGAUUAGCCUUGCUGGUGCAUUAAUUAUGAGCAUCGGCUUAUUUGCCGCUAGCUACAGCACAAGGCUGUGGCAUCUCUACCUGACACAGGCCAUUCUAUAUGGUGUCGGCUCGUCGAUGUACUACUUUCCGAUCAUGUCUAUCGCGCCAGUGUACUUCGAUCGUCAUCGUGGAUUUGCGAUGGGUGUCAUUCUGGCUGGAAGUGGGGUCGGUGGUCUAGUCAUUGCUCCAGUGCUUCAAGUCCUGCUUGAUAAAUAUGGCGUCCGAUGGGCUCUCAGAAUACUAGGGAUAUGGAACUUUGUGAUAGGCCUACCCGUUUCGUGCGUCGUCAAACAUCGGCCCGGGUUUGGUACUCGUGGGCGCACAAGAUUGAACCUGCGUUUGGUAACGAGUAGUACGUUCAUCUACCAGGCUCUGGCUGCCUUCCUCCAGGCCGCAGGAAACAUCAUCCCAGUCUACUAUCUAUCAUCGUACUGCGUUGCGGUCCUCAAUUACCCGCGUUCAAUGGGCAGUUUGCUUCUGGCCAUAAACAGCGGUGUAAACAGCGUGUCUCGAAUAUCCAUGGGCAUCCUAGCAGACCGCAUCGGCCGCCAAAACACACUCAUAGCUGGUGUCAUGCUCUCCUCUCUGUCGGUCUUAGCCGUGUGGUAUAAUGCUCCCAGAGCUCAAUUUGUCGCUUUCACCGUCCUCUAUGGGAUAUACGCAGGGGGAUACAAUGCCCUUCUCCCGACCACGAUCACGGAAAUAUAUGGAGUACAGGACUAUGCUAGCGUCAAUGGCUUCAUCUACUUCAUCAGGGGCCUUGGUUCCAUUGGAGGAGCUCCGAUCGCUGGGGUUAUCUUGGGAAGCCACAAGCGAGGAGCGAAUGCGGCCGAUCUUGCAUCGCAGCUUGAUGGACACUUGCUGCGGAAGAGGUAUAACGAUCUUAUUAUUUACUCGGGGGUCUUAUUGGCGGCGGCUGGGCUUUGCGUGACUUAUGUACGAUGGCUUCAUGCUCGUGCUCGUGGCCAAUGGUCCUGGAAGGCGUAG